CACCCGGUCUGCUGAUUAGCAAAAUGUCCUGUUAUUUCCUUCCUCGGGGGAACUAAACGUGUUUCCAAAAGUGUGGGUCAGUGCACAUCGUUCCCGAGCGCAGUCCUUCUGACAGCAUGGUACGAUCCAAGACCGGCUCAUCUGCCUCAAGUGUUUCCUGUAAUUCACCACUCCUCUUGAGGUCUGUUGUACUGAGACUUUGUUCACUGACCGGCCAAAGAAUCAGAUCUGAUCCGACUCACAAUGGCUGCGCCUCACAAGGGAGAACUUACAGCAUCUGAGAGGAAAAUCUUACAAGUUAUUGAAGCUGGUGAUGUGCAGGAGGCGGCCCAACUGCUUGCGAGUGAUGAUGUACGAGUCAACUGCUUGGAUGAGUACGGAAUGACUCCACUGAUGCAUGCGGCCUACAAAGGCAAAGCCGAUAUGUGUCAUCUGCUGCUGCAGCAUGGUGCUGAUGUCAACUGCAAUCAACACGAGUAUGGAUACACCGCUCUCAUGUUCGCUGGAUUGUCAGGCAAGACGGACAUCACUUCCAUGAUGCUAGACGCCGGUGCAGAGACGGACCUUGUGAACUCUGUGGGUCGCACUGCGGCUCAGAUGGCGGCUUUUGUGGGCCAGCACGACUGCGUGACGGUGAUCAACAACUUCUUUUCACUGGCAAGACUGGAGUACUACACCAGACCUCAGGGGUUGGAGCGAGAGCCAAGGCUGCCUCCGGGGCUAGCAGCACCCCUGCACAAAAUCAUUAUGACGACCAACCUCAACCCAGUCAAGUUGGUCAUGCUGGUGAGGGAGAAUCCUGUCCUGGUGGAUGUUGGGGCGCUGGAGAAGUGUUCCCAAGUGAUGGACCUUCUGUGUGAGCAGUGUGUGAAGCAGCAGAACAUGAACGAAGUCUUGGCCAUGAAGAUGCAUUACAUCAGCUGUGUGCUGCAGAAAUGUGCGACCUCCCUGCAGAAACAAGAUGACAAGUUGGACGCGCUGGUAAAAAGCCUGCUGAGGGGGAGAGAAAGCGAUGGCUUCCCACAGUACCAGGAGAAGUUCAUUCGAGACUCCAUCCGCAAGUUUCCAUACUGUGACACCACACUUCUUCAGCAGCUGGUGAGGAGCAUUGCACCAAUAGAGAUUGGCAACGACCCAACAGCGUUCUCAGUGUUAACUCAAGCUCUGACCGGGCAGAUGGCGUUCAUGGACGCUGACUACUGUGCUACAUGUGGAGAGCGGGCCGCCGACAAGAGGUGCUCUCUCUGUAAAGCUGUGACGUACUGCAGUUUGAUGUGCCAGAAGCUCCACUGGUUCACUCACAAAAAGAUGUGCAGAGCGAUACAGGUGCAGAACGCACACUUAGAAAGAGACGCACCACGACUGAAAGAGCUCAAAGAUGAUGAGAGCGACCUGGUGAUGGAGACAGCUAACUUCCUGCAGGAGUUGUGUCUGCGGGCAGAGGAAAAGGUAGCUGCCGCAGGAGGAUGCCCUGGAGAGCUGCUGGUCUGCCCAUCUGCACCUUCGGAGGAACCAUCCAGCUCUCAAAAAUAGAGAGAGACAACAAGGCACGCCCACAAUACUCUUCUUGUGACUUUUCACCCAUGUCAUGGCAGGAGGGUAUAAGUGUGUGCGCACCACAGACCACGACAAGAUAUUGUAUUGUUUGCGCGCUAGCGUACUUACACUUUUGAGUGCAAAGUAGAAGUACACUGGAGUACACUGUCAGUACUUGGACGUUGCCCGCAAAACGCUCAAAAGUGCGCAUCGUCUCAACCAUCAAUAGUCGCUAUCUUGGUUACGUAACCAAAAGGGAGGGAUUAACUUGAGUGGUUGCAAGUCACCUUUUAAAGGGGGAGGAAAAGUAAAUAUGGUGAUGUUCACGACAAUAAUUACUUCAGGAAAGAAAUAUACUGUCAAAAUUUGUGCAUUCAACUUUAAAAUAGAAUACUUCAAUAUCUAUACUGUACACCAGUAUUUACCUGGGGGCCAAUGGAUGCAGAGUCUGGGGGAGGCUGGGCCGCAGGAAAAAAAUUCUUAAAAAAUAUAUUUUUAAAUGUCUUUAUUUUUAUUUUCAACACAAAAUAAAUUCAAAAUAUAAAUGAACAAAAUGAGAAUUAUGUUAAUAAAUCAGUCAUAAAUAAUAACAAUAAUAAUUAGAUUUCUCCAGUCAGCAACAAUGUGUGAGGCAAUGUACAUUAAACAACGAAAAAAAACAAAUAACGGUUUGAAUUGUUCCAGGUAAUCGGGUACUGUUAUUACUGACGGACAGGUGUCGCGGUGUGAAUGCAGCCAGGCAUGUAAGAAAACCCCUCGUCUCCAUGGCAACGUUUCUGUCGCUUUCACUCAUUUGCCGCUUUUCCACUAACGCAGGGGUAGGCAACCCAGAACGUUGAAAAAGCCAUUUUGGUCUAGUGGAAAACCGGCAAAACGUUUCUCUGCUUGAAUCACGCAAGUGAUGUCAAUGUUCGGUCUUUGAGAGCGAUAUACCACACCGUGAUUGGUAGACUCCUUCAGCUCUGCACACAACGCUGUCAAGCACCAUUCCUAUAAAACUUGCGGGCCGCGCUAACAUUAAACUUUCAUAUUAAGGUGGGGGCCGCAAAAUAAUGUCUCACGGGCCACAAUUGGUCCGCGGGCCGCGUGUUUGAGACCCCUGCUGUACACGGUGUACUUAGUUGCUAGGUGUGAAUUUUGACAGUAUUGUGUUUUCCCAAAUGACUUAGUGCCUAAAUCAGGGGUGUCAAACUCAUUUUAGUUUGACACCCAGUGGACUGGUAAAAUCAUGUCAUGAUAACUUAAAAAUAAAGACAACUUCACAUUGUUUUCUUUGUUUAAAAGUAAAACAAGCACAAUCUGAAAGCAUACAAAUCAUAAUGGUGUUGUUUUUUUACCCUUACAUGUUUUUGUUCAUAGUAAUCUAUCUUCAUUUGUCCAUCCAUUCAUUUCCUACCGCUUAUUCCCUUUGGGGUUGCGGGGGGCGCUGGUGCCCAUCUCAGCUACAAUCGAGCGGAAGGCAGGGUCUUCAUUUGUCAUGAUUUAUAAUUUCUGAAUAAAUGAUGUGAUAAUAUACACCAGUAAAAUAGGUGUGAGUCUGGCAGUUUAAAAAUGGUCUCAUUGGUGUAAAAUUUUAAUCUAUUAGAAAAUGUAAUAAAUAGUAAUAUCCAAAUCAAAUUACAGGAUGUUGUUAAUGUAGUUUACUAAUUUUCCUCAACUGAUGUACUAACAUCAAGUGGUUUGUUCUGGGCACAUGUAGCAUCGCCUACAACAAAACCUGUGAAUUUGGACUCAUUUUGUGAAUCACACAUGAAGUUAGAAGGGGGAACAUGUCAUUUCAGCAUAUUUAUGUGCGCCCAGAUAAUAUGUCCCCAGUCCUCUAUCACAUAGCUCCGCCCCCUCAAAAGUCAGGGGAUACAAAGAAUUGCUACUGCGACAUCCACUGGACACAUUUAGAAGAGCAGUUUCUUUCAUUGAAAAAUUUCAGCUGAUUUUUAUAUUUAACAAAAUCAUCUUGCGGGCCGGAUAAAAUCAGUCCAACGGGCUGUACGUUUGACACCCCUGGCCUAAAUGAUGAUAUUUACACUCUUUUACUUUUUCUUAUUUUCUACUUUUAAUGUUGAUCCACUCAAGUUAGUCCCUGUCCUUUUCCAGUAAUGUCCAUCUGCACACUCACCGUUUGGGGGUGUACAAGGUGUAUUGCAUUUUUUACUUCUCAGUGUGAACCAAAUAUGUACUCCAAAUGCAAAGUUUAAGUACGUAAGCGCGCAAACUAAAACAGCCCUUUUUCCUUUCGCUCUCCUCUCCAGCAACAACAACAACACUUUCUGGUUGUACACCAAUCACACUCAAGUCAAGGUGCAUUCAUGGACACCGAGAUUCCAAAAAUCAAGACAACAAGCCCCUAUGUAGUUAUUGGGUGACUUACUUUGUACUUUAUUAUUGACUACAACGGACUGCAAAAUAAUCCACCAUGGGGCCAAAGAAACUUGUAAGCGCCAGCACUUUUAUAAAGAAGGUGAGAAACACUAUUGAAUUCAAAAACUCAUCCAAAGUACCGUAUUUUUCCAGACUAUAGGGCGCACCGGGUUAUAAGGUGCAUUGCCUAUGAAUGAUCUAUUUUCGUUUUAUUUUUCAUAUAUAAGGUGCGCCAAAUUAUAGGGCGUAUUAAGAGUAUUUAUUUUUAUUUUUUUUCUAAAUUGAAAACACUUCCUUGUGGUCUACAUAACAUGUAAUGGUGUUUCUUUGGUAAAAAUGUUGCAUAGAUCAUGUUUUACAGAUCAUCUUCAAGCCGCUUUAUGACAGUCGCUUCCAGAUGCGUCGUUUUGUGGGCGGUCUUAUUUACGUGGCUAACCUUCGGCAGCGUCUUCUCUCCGUCAUCUUUGUUGUAGCGGUGUAACGUGCAAGGACGGGAGUGGAAGAAGUGUCAAAAGAUGGGGCUAACAGUUUUAAUGACAUUCAGACUUUACUUAAAUCAAUAACGGAGCAGCAACUCCUCUGUGGUUUACUUACGCAAUAACAACGCAGAAAAUGUGUCUAUGAAAAACAGUCCGACCGGAACGCACUAAUAGCUAAAGUUCCUUGGGUGAAUAAUGUAAACUCACUACACCGGUAUGUUUUAGUGCUUUCAUGGCGAGGUUACUGACAGAUAUAAGAACUUUUCACUACUUUAUAUUAGAAAUGGCAACAGCGGACGAUGAAUGUCCCACAACAAGAAGAUAGAGAAAAAGGAGAAGCUUAUCGACUACGGUGUCACCACGGACUACAAUAGCGGACGAGCGAAAUUUUUCAGGAUUUAUGCAGAUCCCAAAUACAGAUCAGCAGGUACCGGAAGGUAAGAAAAGUUGUUUUUGUAUAAUAUUGCGAAACAAAACGCCAGAAACCGUUCUGUUUAGUAGCGCCCGUGCAGUUUAUAUCAAAAUUAUAAGAAGGACACGAGUGUUACUGGCCUUGCUUUUUCUUUUAGUACACAUUUUGCCAUGCACCUCUUUAUUUUUGAUUUAUUAGUUUUUUUUGGAGAGUGCGUGUUUUUUCUGUAUUUUUUAUUACCUAUACACACACCAUAAUACUCGUAUGUUGAAGCACAGUACAAUCCAUUAAGCGGUGCGGCUUCAUAGAUUACCAAAGUCGUACUAAAACAUUUUGGUAGAUUUUUGAACGCCGUGUGUAAUGUUCUAUAUUUUCAAUGGACCAUAUAAAAUGUUGGUGCGUUUUUUUUUUAUUUGAGUCAUAUUGCAGUCUACAUGUAUCUCUUGUGUGUGACUGCCAUCAUAUUGCAGUCUACACAUAUCUUAUAUUUGACUGCCAUCUACUGGCCACACUUAUCAUAACACCAUGUACCAAAUAAAAUUGGUUCGAGGUUGGUAAGAAAAAACUGAAUUACCCUGUACAUUAAGCGCACCGGGUUAUAAGGCGCACUGUCGAGUUUUGAGGGGGGAAAAGGGAUUUUCAGUGCGCCUUAUAGUCUGGAAAAUACAUUACACUUUACUUCUCCACUCAUCGUCGUCUUUGCCAGAACAUGUCUUCAAUAAAGGUGAAAAGGGGUAUUUAAUGUUAAUUUCUACAUUUCGUUAAAUUAGAAUUUUCCUCCAUAACAUUUGUUUUGUGUUUACAUUUUUGGGUAUCUUUUAAGAAAAAAUUUCCAUUGGAUUCCGUUUUCAUCUGACCUUUUGAAACAUAUUGCCAAUGGAAACCAAGGUGUACGUGUGAUUAUGUACAGGGUUAUUCAAAAAGAAUAAACCACAUUUAGCACCCAAUAUUUUAAUAAGGAAAAGCAAUCAAAGUAUUUUACUCACAAUCAACUUUUAUUUUCUGUUUUACAAGUGUUCGAUGUGGACACCACUUGCAGCCAGGGUGAUAAUAUUGCCGUAAGAGAAGUCCUUAAUAUCAUUAUUUUUCAAUAACCUUUUAUACUGUAUGCGUAUAUAUUUAUAUUUGGAAUGCGCUGAUCAAUUGGCCACCAAUCGGUAUCAGACGAUUUUCAUGACAAAGCACAAGAUCUGCGAUUAAUGCUGAUAACAAAAGCUGAUUCCCUCUGGCUGAUACUUUGUUGUGCUCUGGCAGCUAACUGUGUAUUUCCAUACGCAGUGUGGAGAAAAUCCCUAAACUGCAUUUCUCAGUACCUUAAGUUAUAUUACCAAGUGAAAUUAUCACUGGGGCUCGAGGUUAAACAUGUUGUACACUGAGAAAGAGCAAGCAUGAGCAGAUCCGCUAAUUGAUAAACGAGCCACUAAACCAGCUUAAAACAACACUAGACAUAAGUGUUUUAUAAAGUUAAAGAAGUGUAGAUGACACAUGCGCACACGUAAGGGGAGGGCAGAUCGAUAUCUACAUCGGUGGUGUCUAUACCAACGGUAGUAUCGGCAUAUGAUCGAUACUGGAUCGAUAUUUGUAUUUUCACAAAAUACUUUUUUGUGGUUUUUGUCAUUGUUUACAAACUCAGGGAAUGAUUCUCUGGACACAGGGGGACUUGAAAAUGGCAAAAACCAAAGGACUUAAAGAAAAAAAAGUAGUGGACAGUAGUUUUUUGCUUCGGUUUUGUUAUUGUGUACCGUUGACUUUCUUUUACUCAAACAAUUGUAAAUAAGUAAGUCAAUAUUACUUAUAAAGCGCUUUUCACAGAUAAAAAUCACAAAGUGCUGUACAAACAGUUGAAUUAAAACAAUUAUUUAAAACAACAGGGACAACAUCAUAAAAAGGAUAAACAGGGUAAAAAAUUUUAUUUUUAAACAUCUACGUAUAUGUAAUUAAAGAAAAGGGAAAUAGUUUAAAUAGUGUUGAUAUUGUUACACUGUCAACAGCACUCACCAUAAAUACAUUUUGAAAUAUUACAGUUAUUACAGGUGAUAUUAGUCAAUCUUACUCACGGAUGGUCAGAAUCAGCAGUAUAAAAACCUCAUCCAAACAACCCUGACAAUUAUGUACUGUGAGAGUCUUCAAAUUUCAGCAAACAAAAUUAUUAAUUUUUUGAGUGUUUCUGCUUGGGGCUUUCUAGAGAUUGUGUUGAAGAAGCAUUGUCAGUGCUUUGGCCUAAUCUGCUACUAGAUAAUAUAGUUUAUUAAUGAUAGUACUACUGCUAUGGUGUGGUGUUGACUAAUAGAUGAUGUGUUUAUAAUGCAAUGUUUACAUUUCAGCUCUGUGAUGGGAUAAAAACCCUGUUAUAAAAUCAAUAUUUGCAAAUAAUCUAAUGUGUUUCUACAGUCUACACCAGUGGUACAAGUACUACAAGUACCACCUCGCAAAAAAUGUGUCCCUCCAAGUACCACCAUAAUUACCAAUAAUGAAAAUACAGAAGCCUAGUAGGCCUAAGUAUUCAUUUAAAAACAAGGCAGAGGUUUUAUUUAACAAGUGUAUUUUAUAGUUUUAGCUACUGCAACAUACAAACAAGUAUGAACAGUAACAGUGUUUGAAGAUAGGAAUAUAAAACACUGUACUUUAAUCAAGUGAUUCUUUUGCAUACCACUAGAUGAAGCCUGUCUACCGUUAGUCUUAUACAUACCACAGUUUGAGAAUCACCGUUCUACACAAUCCACUAAGUUUAUAUGUAUACAUUCUACAUACUGUGUAGUUACGUUGACAUUAUCUGGAGGUCAAGCUAUUAUAAACCAAGCACAAUAAAAGAAGUAAAAAUUAACAUGUUGUUGUUAAUACAUUUUUCGUGUAUUUUAUUGUGUCAAGUAGAUGUUUGUUGUAUGUUGUGAAAUAUGUAUGUUAUGAAUAUAUAUAGACUAAGUCUUCUGAGUUGAACAACAAAUGUUUACUGUAUGACUUGGGGCAGAUAUAAGUUUAACUUCUUUCUGCUCCUUUUCGUUCAUUAUUUAUUUUAAAUGUUAUG